CGAGUAGUGCGGCAGCCUGAAGGGCGCCCUCCAGUUGUUCUCAAAACAAAAUGGCAGCCUCCUGGGUCGCAUGCCGGCGCCUGUUUGGCCCGUGUUUUUGUCUGCGGAAUUGCUCUGUUUCGUCGGCAACGGAGUUUGUUAAGUUACAAGGCAUCAGGCGGAAUAGCCAACACAGUUCCCUUGUGUCUACGUCGUUACCAGAUGUUGAUUCCGAAAUCGAGAGGGUUUCUAAGCAUUCCUUGCGAGGGAAAGCCAUGCGAGCCAUGCAGGAAAAGCUCAGAAAACGAGAACCGUUGCCACCCCCGAGAGAGCUGAGAAUGAAAGAGGACCAGGAUUGGAGUAACGUCUAUCCCACAGCAGCCCCCUUCAAGUGGUCUGCCGUGCCGCUGCCUCUCAGGAUGGGCUACCCGGUCAGGAGAGGUGUUCCGCCGCACAAGUAUGGAAACGCUGAGCUACUCAAGAUUCCAAACUUCCUUCACUUGACUCCCCCUGCAAUCAAGAAACACUGCGCAGCACUCAAAGAGUUUUGCACCGAGUGGCCCGAAGGACUAGAAACUGACGAGGAUUGUGAGAAGCACUUCCCUCUGGAAGUGAUCACAUCAGACUACGUCUUCAGUGGAGCAUCUCUAAGACAUCCCGAUGCCAGAAUCGUCACAUUGAAGCUCAAAUUGAGGGAUCUUCCGUUAGACAAGCACGCCCACUGGAAGCUGGUUCAGCUCGCCGGCAAAAGGUACAACAAGAAAACGGAGACACUGACGCUCACCACAGAUAGGUGCCCGGUCAGAAAGCAGAACCUGGACUAUGCCAUGUACUUAAUGACUGUGCUCCUCCAUGAAGCCUGGGUUACUGAGCCAUGGGAAGCAGAUAUAACUGAGGAGGACAUGGAGGAGUACGUGUGGGACAUCAGUGCAUCGCGCCGUUCUGUUAUGACUGCGCUGGCUAGGAUGAAGAGCAAGGAUAACAUUGCCGGCGACGUGAGCCCGGGGGAAGAGCUGGAUUACCUGAGGUCACCGGAGGUCAGCGGGUAUCGGGACGCCGUGACAGCCCUCCGGAACACGAAGGAGAGCCAUGAAUCGCUGGAGAGAUACAAAGCAGCGGCCUUGAAUCUUCUGCAAGUGAGCAGUAGGGAGGAGGCACAACCGUUAUGAAUGACAGCGAGGUUCCCGGUCAGGGACAUGGCAGGGUAGGGGAGGGGGUGGGGG